AUGAUGUACGGCUUUGGCGACGCCGCCGCGCCGCUGCCGCAGAGCGUGAGCCUGAUGGAGGACCUCGUUGUCGACUACCUGCAGCGGGCGAGCGAGGUUGCCGAGGAGAGGCAGAGGCACGUGCGCCGCUCGUCGGCCGAGGGAGCACGCGUCAAGGAGCGCGACCUGCUCUUCGCCAUCCGCAAGGACUCGCGGCGGCUGCAGCGGGCGCAGGAGCUGCUCGAGGUCUUCGACGAGCAGCGCGAGGCGAGGAAGACGUACGCUAAGGACCACGAGGAGUACGCAAAGGAGGAGAGCCGCUGA